AAUGCAGCUUUAGCUGAAAUUUGUAACGUAUAGGUUUUUUCUUCGUGUGCGAUUUUAACGUUGUAUAAUGUACAGUUCCCUUUUGUUGAGGUAAAAUCAUUCAAAUCAAUCACAAGGCAAAACGAUCACAUGAUUAUGUAAUGCAGGAAGCAAUGAACUAUUCGAGGAACCAUUUCACAUUGCAUUACCAAAAUGGAUCGACCAAUUGCUAGUAAUUAUGGACCCAGUUAUGGCACCGUUAACCCUGCAGUGUACGGAACGCCAGCACCAGGCAUGUUGUCCGCACCUACUGCACCCCCUGCCAACAUGUUUGACACAAUCCCAGGAUAUGAGGGAACCCUGGCCGGCGGUGGAGGUGGGUAUCUUCCACCACCAAUGCCCACUGUACCCAUGCCUGUGCCUGAACAAGCGCCAACUCCCCCAGACUGGCACAUUCCCUCAAUCUCAGAGCACAUAGCUCGUGAAUCUCUAGAAAAAUACGUCUCCAGCAAGUGUUGCUAUAGUUCUGCACCUGUUAAAGACGGGGUGAUUACCACCAUGGAGACUUUUAAUACCUACAGGUAUCGUUUGGAGAGUUUCACAGAGUCCAGAACAUCUGAAUGGAGUCAGGAGCCAUACACAGGGCAGGUUGUGGAUGCUGGUAUUCAACCUGCGCCAUCACCAUGGCAGAUUUCUACUAAUCCUCCAGCCUUCUUCAAUGACAAGAAGCAGACCAUUAAAGUGCCUUAUACCUCCUCAGUCAAGAACUGUCACGUGUGUCUUGGAGCAGGAAGAGGUCCCUGUACCACAUGCGCUGGAGCUGGAAACAAAGUGUGUUGGUCGUGUAAUGGUUCUGGAACUCGUAUGUCUAAUGACCAGUGCAUAACCUGCAGGGGCCUUGGUCGAGAGAACUGUAAUUCAUGUAACGGCCACGGCUCUCGUGAGUGUGAAACAUGUCGUGGGAAGAGACAGAUGCUAGUCUUCAUCAAUCUUACUGUUAAAUGGACCACUGAAAAAGAUGAUUUUGUAGCACAACAAUCGAGUGGUCUGAGAGUGAAAAACCUUGAAAGUGUCUCAGGGAAGCAGCUGUUUCAAAAUGCCCAAUACAUGCUGUAUCCGGUUAUGGGUUUUCCUGAUGCUUCUGUCGCACAAGCUUCUGAACGUUUAGUACGAGAACAUCAGGCGAAAUACGUCCAAAACUCCCGCAUAUUACAACAGAGACAGACAAUAGAGCUCAUUCCCAUUACCAAAGUGAACUACAUGUGGAAAGGAAAAUCCCAUUUUUAUUUUGUGUAUGGAAAUGAGUUUCAAGUGAGCGUUGAUGAUUACCCAGCCACCUGCUGCUGCUCUGUGAUGUAACACAACAAAUAUCAUCUGAUAUAACCCUACACAUUUAUAUACACCCAAAAAUACAGUACACACAACCACUACUGUAUAUACAGCAACACUGAUUUAUUUCAUCUGAGUUUGUUUUUAAGCAGCCUGUGUUUGUGUAUUCUGACUUGACAGUACAGACAAACAUUUGUGUUGCAUUUAGUUUCUUAUUUUCUUAUAACUGUUACUCAAAUGUUUAUAUACUGUAUAUGUUAUAUAUUCAUUCUGUUUUUUUUUUUACCAAUAAAUCUUUCGUACAAUA